GGUUCACCAGUCAUCCGCUGAUCGGGACAAACUACCCAGACCAAAACACGUCUGUCGCUGCGCCCUUCCCAGGCAACAACACGUAGCAACACCAUGAAUAUACAAAGGCUUCACGACGGAUCCUAUUCACAUAGAAUUCAGGCUUACUGGAACACCUCUAUUACUUAACUAACUCUUUUACGCCCCUGAGACAUACCGCGGUGCUAAGCUAAACAUACCAACAAGCCUUCGGAAUCCGAAAAUUUCCCCUACCUACCAGCUUAUAUAAAGAUGCCCUCCUCAGGUCAAAGAAAGGGGCCAUUCCCUCCGAUUCUCGCACAAUGGUCGAGUGAAGAGUUCGUCAUAGGCGGCGGCGUCGCCAUUUUCCACAUAGCAAGCCAACGAGUGGUUAUCUGUAGCGCUGAAGAUCGCAAAGGGAGGACGUAUUACUUCCUACCCAAGGGCCGCAGAGAUGCAGGAGAAGAGAGCGGGCCUGGUGCGGAAAGGGAAGGAUAUGAAGAAUCGGGUUAUCGCAACCGCCUUUUACCUCUACCGAUAAAACAUCGACAGCCCGAAGCCCAUCCUCGCAUAUCUGCACCUUCGAUGACGGCAGAGCCUGUGUGCAUGUACAUGAUGCCGAUGGGAUAUACCUCACUUCAAUACGUCAUAUACUGGUACAUCGCUGAGACGCUCCCUCCAUCGCUCGAGGCCGAAUGCGAAAUGAAACCUGGAGAAGCGUACAAGCGACCACCACCAUAUCCUACAGAUCUGAAGUUGAAGGACCGACUGCAGAUGGAACCAGAGGGUUAUGAGCCGAUUCAUCAUAAGGGGACCGGUGUCGAUGAAGAGGAGGCGACCUACAUAAGUUAUUUGCUGCCGAUUGAAGAAGCGAUUGGGAGACUAGGGAAAGACAACGUCAUGUCCGAUGUGGUGAGGAAGGGCUGGCGAGGGAUUCAAGAAAGGUUUACGCAGGAGGAGUACAUCGACACUGAGAGCCCUGAACAGAUUGCGUAAAGGACCGUGAAAGAGAAGGGUGAUUCCGCAGCAGGGGCUACCCAAGGACUACGAUUUGGAACAACAUAGACAGGUGUCGUGAGCUUCGGGAUGGCCUAUUGAACAGGAGGGGCCACAAGAAGUGUCAAGUCAUAAUAGACAAGCAUUUACUUCUUUUCUUCGGUUUGAGCAUCGUUCUUUGUCGUAUCAUCCGAUUGUGACAGGUAACAACUAAUGCAGGUAGCCAUCCAGCCAUUGCUUUCUCCACUAAUCUUACAGGCAGUGCGUCC